CUGGCUCUCCCUGAAGCCGGUGGGGUCGCCUUGAUCUUGUUGGGGCAGUACUUGGGAUCAGGGCUACUAGUCGCAACAGCAGUCAUGUCGGGCCGCACAGUGCCACACGCCCACCCAGCCACUGCCGAGUACGAAUUUGCCAACCCCAGCCGUCUGGGCGAGCAGCGCUUCGGAGAAGGCCUCCUGCCAGAAGAGAUCCUGACCCCCACCCUCUAUCACGGCUACUAUGUUCGGCCUCGGGCCGCCAGAGCUGGCGAGGGCGCCAGGGCAGGGGCCUCAGAGCUCAGGCUCAGUGAAGGCAAGUUCCAGGCGUUUCUGGAUGUGAGCCACUUUACCCCAGAUGAGGUGACGGUGAGGACUGUGGAUAACCUGCUGGAGGUGUCUGCCCGACACCCCCAGCGUCUGGAUCGCCACGGCUUCGUGUCCCGAGAGUUCUGUCGCACCUAUGUCCUGCCUGCAGAUGUGGACCCCUGGCGGGUUCGAGCUGCUCUAUCCCAUGAUGGCAUCCUUAACUUGGAGGCGCCGCGGGGUGGCCGGCAUUUGGACACGGAAGUCAAUGAAGUCUACAUCUCCCUGCUUCCUGCUCCUCCUGACCCCGAGGAAGAGGAAGAGAUAGCCAGAGUUGAGCCCUGACUGCCAGCGAUAGACCCAGCACCCAGUGAAUCCCCUGUCUACCUCCCGUGGUGAUUCCAUAAAUCCACCACACCCCAGAGGGAGCAGCAUCCCUGGGAGAUGGCAUCGGUGCAUGGUCCACAGUGUAUGGUUUGGUCCCUUGAUGUAUCAAAGCCUUUGAUUUAAUUCUGGGUGGGGCUGAAUAAACCAAAACCUGGGGGCCUUGUU